GAAAGGAAAACGUGAAAACAGGCGGAACACCACGCCACUCAUUCUUUUCGUGCCGUUUCAAAGUAUGUCAAGGCAACUCCAUCAUGCAGUCGUGAUAUAACCUGCAUUCACCACGUGGCAUCAACCAUUUGUCAAAUGAGAAAGUUGACUUUAAUGUUAACUGAGCCAAUAAUAAUUCUCCACGCCAACCUACCCGCGUCCCUAUAAUUAAUUACCCUGAACCCUCACCUAAUCUCCCCCUCUCGCUCCCUUCGAAACCUAAUUUUCGAUCAUCGAUCCAGUGUCGUCUUGAAAAAGAAACUUAAUUUCAGAUGGAUUACAGGGUUGAUGGCAAUGUUAAUGGUGAUAUGGUGGGAAAUUGUGUUGAGAUGCAUAGUCAAGUAAGUGAUGGAGUUGGCAUGGGUAGAAGUUCUGUUAAAGUAGCUUUUCAACAGAAUCAGGACAAUAAAAUGGAUCCUGAUUCUGUGGAAUUGGGUGCAAUUCCAGAGGGGGUACCAACUGUGUCAUUGGCUUUGUCGGAUGAGCCCUAUGUGGGACAGGAGUUUGAGUCUGAAGCAGCUGCACAUGCAUUUUAUAAUACCUAUGCUACACGCGUAGGAUUCAUCAUUCGUGUAAGCAAACUUUCUCGAUCAAGGCGUGAUGGAUCAGCUAUUGGUCGGGCACUUGUGUGCAAUAAAGAAGGCUACAGAAUGUCUGACAAGCGUGAAAAAAUUGUAAGGCAAAGAGCAGAGACCAGGGUUGGUUGCAGGGCAAUGAUUUUGGUGAGGAAAGUAAGUUCAGGCAAAUGGGUUGUUACAAAGUUUGUGAAGGAGCACACCCAUCCCUUGACACCUGGGAAAGGUCGAAAAGAUUGCAUUUACGACCAAUACCCGAAUGAACACGAUAAAAUUCGGGAACUAUCACAGCAGCUUGCAAUUGAGAAAAAGAGAGCAGCAACCUAUAAAAGGCACCUGGAGUUGAUUUUUGAGCAAAUAGAGGAGCACAACGAGAGUUUGUCGAAGAAAAUUCAACCCAUAGUUGACAGGGUGAGGGAGAUAGAAGACAAAGAGCAGAAGAGUUGUAUAUAGUUUCAGUGUUCAAAUACAAAACCAAUCUGGUAUAGAGAAUGAUGUGCAGCAGUCACUGCUUACUUUCUUGUAGUCUUUCUAGGCAUUCAGUUAGUCUCAUUUAUUGGGAUCUCAUCAUUUGUAGAAAAAUUUAGGGCGUCAAUGUACAGUCCUUUUGAGUCCAUGCUCUGCCGUUGUGUUGGUCGACUGCACGAAGACUCUUGGGCAUCAGGAUGUUCCUGGAAGGUUAAAAUUAUUCCAUUGCUCCCUCAUGUCCAUUUAGUCAAGUUUUGAUAUGUUUUGUAUAGCAUCCAGGGGAUUGUAUCUCAGUAUUUUUUCCCUUUUCCCUUUUCUUGCAAGUGUCUUUGAAGAAGAAGUUUGGAUUUGAGACUAGGUCUAGAUUUUUCCUUUGAUCAUUAGAGUAAUGAGGGUUCUCCAGGCAUUGUAAGUAUCUUCCUUUCUAUGAAACUCUAUUUGUUUUA